AUGCCACUGAGCUAUAUCCCCAGCCCUGAGGGAAUCCUGUAGAACGCUGGAAUUUUCAUUUUGUUCUGAUGAAACAAUUUGAACUAAGCAACUCAACUAAAUUCCUGUUUGCCAUUUUUCAUCGGUGGAACCUGUACCAGUCUAAACUCUACAGAUCUAUAAUCGAAGAUGUAAUUGAAGGAGUGCGGCAUCUGUUUGCUGAAGAAGGUGUAGAGGAGCAUGUUUUGAAGGACUUGAAACAGCUCUGGGAAACCAAAGUUUUGCAGUCUAAAGCUACAGAAGACUUCUUCGGAAAUAGCGUCCGUUCACCUUUAUUCACCCUUCAGCUGCCGCACACCUUGCACCAAACAUUGCAGUCAUCAACAGCAUCAUUAGUUAUUCCUGCUAAUAGAACUCUUCCGGGUUUUACCACAGCAGAAUUGGGCACCUCAAACUCCGGUGCAAGCUUUACUUUUCCUGGGUAUCCUAUUUAUGUACCAGCAGGUGUGACAUUACAGACUGCAUCUGGUCACCUUUAUAAAGUUAAUGUACCGAUUAUGGUGACACAGACUUCUGGAAGACCAAGCGUUCUUCAGCACCCAGUUCAAGUAUUCCCGCAGCUUGGGCAGCCUUCCGUAAUACAGGGCCGUGUUGCGCAGUUAAACCCAUGUUCUCUGCCAGCAACUACCGAGAAGUCACAAAGAAUGGGCGCUGUGCUACAGCAACCCGCGGUUCUACACUCUGGGCCAGUAGAUAGGAGACGCUUAGAAAAUGCCACCGGUGCUAUAUUUGUGCCUCCAGGAACAGAGCAUGGGAUGCUGUCAGAGACUUUGCUGAGCCGGCACGAAAACUCGCAGUGUGCCCGUGGGUCAGGCGCUGUGUUUCCUUCUCAGGCCUCUCCCGUAGCCUCUGGUGCGGAGCCAGUGCUCAGUGUUCCUGCGCGCGUGACUCAGAAGCUGCUCGGUGGGGGUCUCUCUGCGGGCUCUCAGGGGCCUCUUCACCAGCAAGUCAGUGGUGCACAGCUCCCGCUUCUGAAGAACUGUGUGUGUGGCGGCGCUUCCAUAAAUCAGCCAGGAGAAGUGGUAGAGCCCAGCAGCCUGCCCAUAUCCGAGGAGACUUCAAAUUCUCAAGUGGAUUUGAGCAGUCAGUUAACUGAUGAUGAUAUUAAUGAAAUAAUUCAAAUAGAUGGGACUGGUGAUACAUCUUCUAAUGAAGAAAUAGGAAAUAUGAGAGAUGCAGAAGAGAAUGAGUUUCUAGGAAUUAUUGAUGCAGGCGAUCUGAAGGUGCUCGAAGAGGAAGCUGACAGUAUCUCCAAUGAAGAUUCAGCCACAAACAGUAGUGAUAAUGAAGGCUCUCAAGUAGACACUGUGGACGAGGACCCUUUAAAUUCUGGAGAUGAUGUUAGUGAGCAGGAUGCACCAGACCUGUUUGACACAGAUAAUGUGAUUGUCUGUCAGUACGACAAGAUUCAUCGAAACAAGAACAAGUGGAAAUUCUAUUUGAAAGAUGGUGUUAUGUGUUUUGGAGGGAGAGACUAUGUGUUUGCAAAAGCCAUUGGUGAUGCAGAGUGGUAAAACCUAUGAGCUCAGUACAUCAGUUUUGUGAACAUCCUUGGAACUAUGCUACGUACAAUGAAACUUAUUUUUAUCUUAAAUGUAUAUAGUCCAUCACAAAACAGCUCAAAUUUUUAGUUCACAGUAUUGAACUUAAUAAAAUUAUAAUUGAGAUGCAGAUAUAAA